AUGGGUAAAUCUUCCAAGGACAAGCGCGAUGCUUACUACCGUCUUGCCAAGGAGCAAGGCUGGCGUGCACGCAGUGCAUUCAAGCUGCUGCAGCUCGAUGAAGAGUUUGACCUGUUCGCCAAUGUGACGAGAGUCGUUGACCUGUGCGCCGCCCCUGGUAGUUGGUCCCAGGUCCUGUCUCGUGUCCUUAUCAAGGGCGAGAAGUUCGGCCGUUCGGCAUGGCAGGAUCGCGAGGCCAAGUUCCGCCAGGAGAUGCUCGGUGUCUUCCCCUCUGCCCUUGAGUCCGAGGCACCUGAGAAAGCCGAGACCGAAGCUCAAGAGCCCCAACCCAGGAAAGACGUCAAGAUUGUAUCGAUCGAUCUCCAGCCCAUCAGCCCUCUGCCUGGCAUCAUCACCCUGCGUGCAGACAUCACUCACCCUGCCACCGUUCCCCUGCUCCUGAAGGCUUUGGACUCCGACUACGACGCCACGACCAAGAGCAAGCAGGCCUCCAGCCCCGUCGACCUCGUCAUCAGCGACGGUGCCCCUGACGUCACUGGCCUCCACGACCUCGACAUCUACGUGCAGUCCCAACUCCUCUUCGCCGCGCUCAACCUCGCCCUCUGCGUGCUGAAGCCCGGCGGCAAGUUCGUCGCCAAGAUCUUCCGCGGCCGCAACGUCGACCUCCUCUACGCGCAGCUAAAGGUCUUCUUCGAGACAGUCAUCGUGGCGAAGCCCAGGUCCUCCCGCGCGAGCAGUGUCGAGGCCUUCAUCGUCUGCAUCAACUUCCAGCCCCCCGCCGGCUUCCAAGCUAGCCUGGAGAACCCGCUCGGCGUGGGCCACGAGUUGCCUAAGAUGGUUGAGGAGAGAACGGCCCAACUUCCCGUUGUCGCUGAUGCGCUCAUGCAGAACCCUAUCACUGGCACCUGGGAUACUGCCCCCACCGCUUCCGCGACCAAGGGCGAAGGCGAAAUUGUCGAGGUCGAAGCCUACGACGAGACGGACGAGACCACUGACCACGAGAAGCACAUCAGAUGGAUUGCACCCUUCAUCGCAUGCGGCGACCUUUCAGCAUUCGACUCUGAUGCUUCCUACCAACUGCCUGAAGACCACGUUUCUCUCGACCCUGUCCAGCCUCCUACCGCACCCCCUUACAAGCGUGCCAUCGAAUUGAGAAAGGCCGCCGGCGGAGCCUACGGCAAGACCUCCGUCAAGGUAUAA